AUGGCAGCGGCGACAGCCACAGGCCUGGAUUUGUCGGCACAAGAAGGUGCGCAGCAGCGGCGAUCAACAACCGCUGACCAGAGCGCCGAUGAUGAUGUAACCACCAAGGCCGAUGGGCCGGCGGCGGCCCCGUCGUCGAACGGAACGACAACAAACACCAACGGCACCAGCAAUGGAAACAUUGACGACGAUGAGCAGACCAAGGCCCUGCGCAAGGCAUUUACGAGGAAAUACCGCCAUGUCGCGGCGUUGCACUCCCAAGCACGCCCGUCGACUCUAAGUCACGACUCGGAAGCAUCGCCCAGCUUUGUUGGCUUCCGUAAUCUCAUGGUCAUUGUCCUCGUGGUGGGAAACCUGCGAUUGAUGAUUGAAAACAUACAGAAAUAUGGUGUUUUGAUCUGCAUUCGCUGUCACGACUACAGGAAGCAAGAUAUCCUCUUGGGCCUUCUGCUCUACCUGGCAAUCCCUUGUCACUUGUUUGUCGCCUAUCUGAUAGAGCUUCUCGCCGCCCGGCAGGCCAGGAACUCGCGAGGGUACUUCAACGGUGGCCGCACUAGUUCCUCGCGCGACGGAAGCACGAGCCCUACUGAGGAUGAGUCCCGCCGCUUCGUCUCGACUUGGAAGCUGAUUGCCUUGGUCCACGGUAUCAACGUGAAUUGUGCUCUCCUCAUCACCACCUACACGGUGUACUUCCACAUCCACCAUCCCCUUAUCGGCACUCUGACCGAGAUGCAUGCUGUAAUCGUCUGGCUCAAGACGGCAUCUUAUGCAUUCACCAACCGCGACCUGCGGCACGCCUACCUGCAUCCCGUCAAAGGCGAGCUAGAUGCCCUGCCCGAGCUGUACAAGCAGUGUCCCUACCCAAACAACAUCACGAUGAAGAACCUCUGUUACUUUUGGUGGGCCCCCACCCUCAUCUACCAGCCUGUCUACCCACGCAGCGGUCGUAUCCGCUGGGUUUUCUUUUUCAAGCGUGUCGCCGAGGUCUUCUGUCUCAGCGUGUGCAUCUGGUUCUUGAGUGCACAGUACGCCACUCCUGUACUGGUCAACUCCCUCGACAAGAUCGCAUCGCUUGACAUGCCGGCCAUACUAGAGCGUCUUCUUAAGCUGUCCACAAUCUCGCUGGCCAUCUGGCUAGCCGGCUUCUUCGCUCUCUUCCAGUCCUUCCUCAACGCGCUGGCCGAAAUCACCAGGUUCGGUGACAGAUCCUUUUAUGAGGCUUGGUGGAACUCGGAGUCAUUGGGCGUCUACUGGCGCACAUGGAACAAACCGGUCUACCAAUACUUCAAGCGUCAUGUCUACUCGCCCAUGCUUGGCCGCGGGUGGGCUCCCAGGACGGCGAGUGCCUCUGUGUUCUUGAUCUCUGCAGUCUUGCAUGAGAUCCUUGUGGGUGUGCCUACCCACAACAUCAUUGGUGUGGCCUUUAUGGGCAUGUUUCUGCAGGUGCCACUCAUAAUAUUAACGGCUCCUCUUGAGAAGCGAAAGUCACCUACCGGCAAGCUGAUCGGGAACAGCAUCUUCUGGGUGUCGUUCACAAUUUUCGGCCAGCCACUUGCGGCUCUUAUGUACUUUUACGCGUGGCAGGCCAAGUAUGGCAGCGUCAGUAGGAUGGGCUACGCUACUGGCAAGGCAGCGCUCACAAACUAG